CAAAUGACGCGAGUGUCGACGUGAAAACGAGUCUUAACCUUAAAUAUACUCUCUGGCCUUAACAGAAAGCGGUGACUCCAGGUGUCUCCAGCUGAAGGAUUAACGAGGGCGUGCUGUUAAUUUUCUUAGGCACUGAUCUUUUUUUUAUGAAUAUAUUGUGCUCUGAAAUACAGAUUUCACUGCUGUUUGGAAGUGUUGGAAUAUGGCUGAACCGAUCUUGUGCGUUAGUUGGAAUGGCCAUGUCAAUGAACUUGCUAGAGGACGGAAAACUUUUCUGGAGAACAAUUCUUUUGUGGAUUGCACUAUAGCUGCUGAAGGGAAAAGUCUAAAAGCUCAUAGACUGAUUUUGUCUUCAUGUAGUCCAUACUUUCAGAUGCUGUUUAAUGAUGAAAACGAGAAACAUGCAAUAGUCAUUCUCAAAGAUACAUCAUUUCUUACGCUCAAGACUGUGAUUGAUUUUGUGUAUAAUGGAGAAGUAGAGAUUCCAGCUGGUCAGUUGGAAACGUUUUUAGAACUUGCAGUGUCCUUGCAGAUUAAAGGCCUUAAUAAGUUUCUUCGUGAAGAUAGGACAAUUAAUGUUCUUGGCAAUGCUGCUGUAGAAACCAAUCAGUGCUCAUCGAGAGUUAACCAAGACAACAGUAAAGAUGAAAAUUCUUGGACAAGCCAUGAAGACAGUGUCUCGAAUUCUUCCCAACAAUGUCAUUUCCAUUUUUCACAAAACAUCACGGACAGGACUUUGGAAGUCCCUCCUGUUCUAAUUGAAGGGUGUGGUGACUCUGCUGAGGGUGUACAAUCAAGACCAGUAAUGAUGCCACUACAGAACCAUGACAGACGAAACGAAAGUGAUCCUCUUCAGUGUAAUCCUGAGGUGCUCGUAAACACAGAACAAAGUUUGAAACAAGAACGUUCAUUUUCUGAAAUAAAAAGUUUGGAGACAAGAAACAAGGUAUUAGAAAAUGAUAACCAAGUUGAAUCCAUUUCUGGAUAUCAUGAGGAAGAAAUGAAUGAUGCAGUUGCUUCAGCAUUUGAAGAAAAUGUGGACCGAUAUUCGAGUGAUAGGGAGUCUCUUCAUUCAAAUGGGAAUUCAGCUUUGGUAAUACCGAAUCAGCAGCCGCAGCAUCUUGAACAACAGCCACAACAACAGCAAGUAGAUCAACAACUACAACAACAGCAAGUAGAUCAACAACAACAACUACAAGAACAACAUGUUUCGCAUUCAGCCUGCGAGUUGUCUUCACCUCCAGACCUGACUGAACGAAAUCACCAGUUGAGUAAUGAAGCAGAUGAUUCAGAGAGCGAAGAGUCCACAAAUGCCUUGGAUGUGCCUGGAAACGGCACUGAAGAAAUGGCUGAAGAAACAGAACUUGCUCAUGAAGAAAGUCUCAAUCCCAGCUCUGGCGCAGAGGACGUCACAGGACGAGAUCCACCGCCACAGGACGAGGACCAGGAACAAGACAGGGGCCAGGCGAUGCAGAGGGGUCUGCUCAGCGUCCCGUCACUGCCCCCCAGCGCGGAGGUGGCAGGCGUGCCUACG